GUUAUGUAAAGAAUUUGCGAUAGUCUUGUGCAACUGAAUUUUCCCUAUGCUUUAAAAUUGUGUUUAGAUAUGAAUUUAAUUCAAUAGGUCGUUUUGGUUGCUGAAGUAAUUUCUGAUAGUAUUUUUUAUUUUCAACUGUGCGCCUUUCAUGUCGCAGAAAUUCUACGUCACACUUACAUGUGGAGCCUCAGCUGUAGCCAGACAUCAUAACAACUUUUAAGCUGUUUGGUUUAAAUCGAUCAUUCUUUGAUAUUUUGUAGCAAACAAAAUUAAACAUGUCCUCAAGUUGUCGAAGACCCGAGCAUAUGGCCCCGCCUGAAAUGUUCUACAACGAAGAGGAGGCCAAGAAAUAUUCUCAGAAUUCUCGGAUGAUUGAGAUCCAGAGCCAGAUGUCCGAGAGAGCUGUGGAGCUGCUGAACCUGCCCGAGGACCAGUCCUGUUUCCUGCUAGAUGUGGGGUGUGGCUCGGGGCUAAGUGGGGACUACCUGUCAGAGGAGGGACAUUGCUGGGUUGGAGUGGACAUCAGCACAGCCAUGUUGGAUGUAGCGCUGGAUCGGGAGGUCGAGGGAGACGUUGUGUUGGGGGAUAUGGGUGAGGGGAUGCCCUUCAGGCCUGGGACCUUUGAUGGCUGCAUCAGUAUUUCUGCUCUCCAAUGGCUCUGCAAUGCUGACAAAAAGACCCACAGCCCCCCCAAGAGGCUCUACACCUUCUUCAGUACGCUCUACUCCUCCCUGUCAAGAGGAGCCCGUGCAGUGUUUCAGCUUUACCCAGAGAACUCUGAGCAGCUGGAGCUGAUUACGUCCCAGGCCAUGAAGGCAGGCUUCAGUGGAGGCAUGGUAGUGGACUAUCCCAACAGCACCAAGGCCAAAAAGUUCUUCCUGUGUCUGUUCGCUGGGUUUUCAGGAACCCUACCCAAGGGGCUGGGGUCAGAGACAGUGGACAGGGGUGUCCCAAAUCAAGUCCAGUUCACAGGACAGAGAUCUCGCUUUAAGAACAUGAAGGGCAAGUCUGCAAAGAAGGGAAAAGACUGGAUCCUGGAGAAGAAGGAGAGGAGGAGAAGACAGGGCAGGGAGGUCCGAGCUGACACAAAGUACACUGCCCGGCAGAGAAGGCCUCACUUCUAAACCCCAGUCAGUCCUGUGUGUUCCGGCCUGGAGAUUCACCCUCGUGGAGUAUGCUGUCCUGUGUGACCAGAGGAGCUAUGACGGGCAAGAUUUAGACUCACACCUCAAUGGACUCAAAUCAGUCCUACUCGCUUAGAAACGGGCGGAUUAAAAAUAAAAUAAAAUCCAUUUAGAAAUG